GUUCCGGCAGGACGCCCCUGCACGGCAGGACGUCAAGGGAGAAGAGGGCGCUGCUGGCCUGCCUUUGCGAGCACGCUCAGGCCCUAUGGUGGGCGUGUCGUCUCUCCUCUGCCGCUGCACCUGGUGCUCCUGCCGUGCCUCCUACCGCCCUGCACCUGCGGCACGGUGCGGGGAAGGCGCAGGCGGCCCAUCCCUGCUCUCACCGCCCUGGCACAGGCACCCGACAUCAGCACUUGAUGCGCCUCGGCAGGCACCUCAUCAGCAGCGCACAGCCGUUGCGAUCGAACGAGACGCGCAUUGCUGUGGUGCGAUGGUGCCUGUGCGGCGGCGCGAGAGUGCUUGCCUGCCUGUUGUUGAUGCAGCAAACAGAGCGAGCGAGAGGGGAGCAAGCAUGCGAGCGGAGUGCUGCGCGGUGGCUGCUCCCGUCUCAGGGCCGCAGGCGACACACGGGCAGCCUGCGACACGGGCCCGGCACCCGCUGCAGCACAGCUAGUGUGCCCCUGCCCUGACUAUGAGCUGGAGGCACUGGCAGCGCCGCAUCACAUCUCGCUCGGCCAUCACGGGAGCAGGCAGAGAGGGAGAAUCAGAGACGGGUGGGCUCCUCGGCCGGCGCGGCACAGGCGCGGCCUUAGCAGCUCCGACACGCUCCCGCACUUGC